AUGUCGCAGACGGCCAUGUCCGAGACCUACGAUUUCUUGUUUAAGUUCCUGGUUAUCGGGAAUGCGGGAACUGGCAAGUCGUGCCUGCUCCAUCAGUUUAUUGAGAAAAAAUUCAAAGAUGACUCCAACCACACCAUAGGAGUGGAGUUUGGUUCGAAGAUAAUCAAUGUCGGUGGCAAAUACGUGAAGUUGCAGAUAUGGGACACGGCCGGCCAGGAGCGGUUCAGGUCUGUGACCAGAAGCUACUACCGAGGCGCCGCUGGGGCCCUGCUUGUCUACGACAUCACCAGCCGAGAAACCUACAAUGCGCUUACUAAUUGGUUAACAGAUGCCCGAAUGCUCGCCAGCCAGAACAUCGUCAUCAUCCUCUGCGGGAACAAGAAGGACCUGGACGCCGACCGGGAAGUGACUUUCUUGGAAGCCUCCAGAUUCGCUCAGGAAAAUGAGCUGAUGUUUCUGGAAACCAGCGCGCUGACGGGGGAGAACGUGGAAGAGGCCUUCGUCCAGUGCGCGAGGAAGAUCCUGAACAAGAUCGAGUCAGGUGAGCUGGACCCCGAGCGGAUGGGCUCCGGCAUCCAGUACGGGGACGCGGCCCUGAGGCAGCUGCGCUCGCCCCGCCGCGCCCAGGGCCCGGGCGCCCAGGACUGCGGCUGCUAG